UUCAAUACAUAGCAUGAGUUACUUUUGAACAACUUAAUUGUUUUCUUCCGUUUGUUACUUCUUGUUUCUCAGCCUAUAAAUUCUAGCCUUGUGAUCAUAUCAUAUACAAACCAUUCAAGAAUCUUAAAAGAGAAAAAGAAGGAAGGAAAGAUAUAAACUUUAUAUAAUCAAAGAGAGAUAUGGAACACACAUCAAGAGCAUUAGUCUUAGUUGUAGUUCUAUGCCUUGCGGUUCUGAUCACUCAAGGAGCGGCUCAUGACCAACCACCACGAUCAGAAUCUCCACCGAGCUAUCCCAUCGACUUAGAGAAAUGCUGGUCAUCUCUCUUCAACGUCCAUGGAUGUGUACUCGAACUCUUCCAGUCGGUUUUCUCAGGCAAGUUUGGACACGUUGGAACCGCGUGUUGCAAGGCGUUUUCGACCAUAGACGCUAACUGCUGGCCGCACAUGUUCCCUUUGAACCCCUUCUUCCCACCUCUUCUUAAAGACAAUUGUGCUAACCUUGUUCCAAACUUACCCUAAUCAUAAGUGAUAGUGAAGUUGGACCAUUUGUUUAUUUUUAGAAAAGUUUAUGGAAUAAUCACUGUUCUAUUAAUUGUUCCCCCAAGUCUUAUUAAAUAUCAUAUCUAAUAAAAAUGAAUUUCUUACCAAGUUCAUAGACAUUGUUGCCUUUGAUUACACACAAAAGGUUUGCCAAUCUAAUGUUGUUUAGUCUUUUGAUUAAUCUAAUCUACAUACUAUAAUCAUUGGUCUGUAUGAAAAAACAUUCAAAAUAUCUUUGGAUAGAAACGGUGUCGUUUUCCAAAAAAGCAUCUUCUUCUUCAACGUGCGAAACAAAAAGCUCACUUUGCGAAUCCAAUAGAGAGAAAGCUUGAAUCUUUCGCGGCGCAGAAUCUCCUCGAAGAGAAUCGUAUGCAUUUUUGGAGUCCUACUCUCUUCUUCCACCAUGGGAGCUUCAUGAAACUCGAAGUUGUGUAUUAGUAGAAUCAGUUUCUUGGCUUUUAUCUGAUACUA